GACACUACAAAUUGGGGUGCCAGGGGCAUCACGAAGCUUCUGGGAGUUCCUGCUGCAGGAGCUGGUGAUUCUCUGGGGGUGGGAAGCACCAUAAAUUCCCAAGAUGACGGACCAGCAGGCAGAAGCCCGUGCCUUCCUCAGUGAGGAGAUGAUUGCGGAGUUCAAAGCCGCCUUCGACAUGUUUGAUGCUGAUGGCGGUGGAGAUAUCAGCACCAAGGAGCUGGGGACGGUGAUGAGAAUGCUGGGCCAGAACCCCACCAAAGAGGAGUUGGAUGCCAUCAUUGAGGAGGUGGAUGAGGAUGGCAGCGGCACCAUCGACUUCGAGGAGUUCUUGGUCAUGAUGGUGCGCCAGAUGAAAGAGGAUGCCAAAGGCAAGUCUGAGGAGGAGCUGGCCAACUGCUUCCGCAUCUUUGACAGGAAUGCAGAUGGGUUCAUUGACAUUGAGGAGCUGGGUGAGAUCCUGAGAGCCACCGGGGAGCCUGUCACUGAUGAGGACAUAGAGGACAUGAUGAAGGACUCAGACAAGAACAAUGACGGGCGCAUCGACUUUGAUGAGUUCCUGAAGAUGAUGGAGGGUGUGCAGUAAGGGACCAGACAUUCCUCGGGCCAGCUGCUGCACCCAGCCCUGCUCCCCUGCUGUCCAGGGAGCAGCAGCUCCACAGCAUCUGGCCCUCAGCACUGGCUGGGACCUUUCUCUGUGCCAGGGUCCCGGUCUCAUCUCACCACCGGCGGCUGAGCUUUUCCUUCCAUCUGUCACCUGUGGCUUUGAUUCAAGCCUCAAUUAAAGAGGAAAGGCUUGA